AGCAUUAUAGAUUCGCUAUUUUUUUCCUCAAUGACUCGUGGGCUAGAUAAAGAUAUCUCCAAUUGAUAAGACAUUAGGUACGCUGUUGAUGAGUACAAUCCGCACUCAAGCUCAAUUUGAAGUCGCGUCUAGGUUUCGUGUGGAAGUUGUGCCAAAUUGCUAGAGUUCAAAAAUGGAUGAUUGGACCAAUAAUGAUGCAUACAGAGCAAUACCACAAAUGGAACAUGGUAAUCCAGUGCAGGUAAUUGAUGGUAAAGAUAACAAGGAAUCAGAAGUAGCUGAAAAUACAACCAAGGCAAAACAUGACACCAACAAUAUGUUCGCUCAGAGCAUCUUCGAUCUCACGCUCAUCACAAUCAACAUCUGCCAAAUUUGUUACAUUCUUAAGGUCGGUCCCGAGCUAGGAAUUUUGUAUUACAUAAUGCUCGGCUUAUUGGGUAUCUCGUUGAUAUUGCUGUCUAUCCACGGCUUCAUGGGUCUGUUCGGUCGCCUUCGCUGCAGUACACCUCUUUCCGAUAGUUGCUUCAACUGUUUAUACAACACUUCACUUUUCAUGGUCGUGCUGGUGUAUUUAGUUAACUUGGUGUUCAGCGUACUGAGCUUGAAGGAGACAGAGGAAACGUGCCAAAUCGUCAUCAAUAACAUGAGGAACAGAACCGCUACAUGAAGACUUGAAGGAGAUUUCGAAUUAGAAGUAACUGAAGUGAAGAUUUUUUAAUGGCGCUUGUUUUAAUUCUAUAACAUAAUACUAAAAAUACAGACAACAAAGUGAUGAACCGUAUGUAAGUUUAACGAUAUCAAGCAGUAAAAAAUUGAACAUA